GCUGCCGCGGCUCCCCGCGGGCCGGCCCGGCGCUCCCCGCCUUUCCGCGGCUCUCUCCGUCCCCCUCCGGCGAGAUGUUAUGGCCGAGCCGGCGCAGACGGGCGGCGUAGGGCAGGGCGGGCGGCGGGAGGAUGAGGCGGCGGUGGCGGCGCCGCCGGCGGCCGCCGCCGCCCCCAGCUCGGAGGACUACGAGUGCAAGAUCUGCUACAACUACUUCGACCUGGAGCGGCGGGCGCCCAAGCUGCUGGAGUGCCUGCACACCUUCUGCCAGGAGUGCCUGAGCCAGCUGCACCUGCGCGCCGCGCAGCAUCCGCCCGCCGCCGGCGCCGAGCCGGGCCCGGGGCGCUCUCCCGGCGGCUCCCUGGCCUGCCCGCUCUGCCGCCACCGCACGGCGCUGCCCGACCACCGCGUCCACGGCCUCCCGGUCAACACCAAGCUGGCCGCCGCCUGCCCGCCGCAGCUGCGGGCCCGCGACCCGGUGCCGCAGGACCGCCUGCCGCCGCUGCCGCCCCGCCGCCCGCCCCGCGCCCGGGAGGCGGCGGCCGCGCUCGCCCCGCCGCCCCCCGCCCCCGCCGGGCCGCGCUCCUCGGGCGGCGGCUACGAGAGCUGCCAGAGCUGCAAGCGGGCGGCGCUGAGCGCCGGCUGCGUGUGCGUCGUCGUCUCCUUCCUCUCCAUGGUGGUGCUGCUCUUCACCGGCCUCAUCUUCGUCAACCAGUACGGCGGGGACGCCGCGCCCGGCGCCGCGGCAUCGCCCUCGCCGGUGGGGCCCAUCUGCCUGUCGGUCGCCAGCAUCCUCGCCCUCUUCUCCGUGGUCGUCACAUGGCUCAUCUGCUGGCUCAAGUACCGGCCCGAGGCGGGCACCGGCGGGGCCGCGGCCAACGGCUCGGCGCGGGGCCGGGCCGCCCGCAGGAGCGACACGUAACGGCGGCGGGGCCCAGCGGGGCCGGGCCGAGCUCCGGGCGCCCCGGGCGGGGGUGAGCGCACGGGCGGGGCGGGGUGACAGGUGCCGGCCUGCCGCGGCCCCGCUGUCACGGUGGGCCCGAGGCGGUGCGCACGGGCCGCAGGGUGACCCGGCCGCUCGGCAGGGAGGGCAGGGCGCGCCUCGCCCGCAGAGAUGCUGGAAGGGCCUCCCUGGGGAGCUGGAGCUCGGGGUGUGCGCGGUGCCCGCCUCUGCGGGAGCGCAUCCCCGCAUGCUGAGCUCCUGAUGCAGAAGGACGCGGCCGCGAUUACACAAAACUGGCUUACUGUUGCCCCCACCUGGAUGAUAAUUGGAGAGGUUCGCUGUGGUUAGGAGCAGAACAGGAACACGGGGUUGAAUGCGCUUUGUAUUUUCCCUUUUAUGACGUUACCAAGUUAACAUAUAGAAGAAGCUGUAACAGAAGUGUAUUAUCUUAAAAGAGACUGAGCCAAAGUUUCCUACAGUGUACUGAGUAUGGUUUCAUUAUAAUUUUAUUAGAAGGCUGUUGAGCCCUCUGAUGGUUGCUUAAAAUAAGCUGUAUUAUUUAAUUCUUUGAAAUUCUAAUUUAAUGUGGGAGACUGAAACACUACAUUGAGCACUUAAAACAAUUUAUGGAAGAUUAUUUAAUUAAUGGAGCUCUAAAUUGGAGCUAAGAGCCUCCUGUCACAGGGAUUAAUAUUUCACUGAUUUCAAUUUGUAUGCGGUGAGAGGAGCCCACAUUAAAGUAUGGACUUUCAGCAUCACUGUAAAAGUGGAAUGCAGUAGUGUAAUUUGUGAUGGAAAAUUCGGUCGAGGUAGCUGCAGUAAGACAAUGGGUUUCCCUCUUGGCAAGUUUAUCUUCUGUGUUGGGAGUUUCUGUAAAAGACAAUAGAAAACGGUUUUGUUCUGUGAGGCUGGAACAUCAAAGGUGUCAUUGAAAUGUGACAAGAUGUUCAUAAUAUGAAAUGGAGAAACAUUGCCAUACAGCUGGUUUUGUAGUAUAUUAAGGAGAGCACUCUAUAUAGAUAAUGUUCUAUGUUGCAGGAUAAUUCAUUUGGUGCCUGAAUUUUUUAAACUUAAUUAGUUGUUAUAAUCUAUUCUAUUGGGAAUAAGAUACUGCUGCUUAUUCCGUGUUUCUACACAGUACUGUAAUGGAAUGAGGUAAUUAUUUUCGUGCUUAACAAUUCAAGAAUUUUAAAAGUGAUCUUUUAGUAUGUGUAUUUUGCAAGCUGUCUGCAUGAUAUUCUGACAAGUAUCCUCUUAAUAGACCUUUACUUGACCACUUCUGUUUAUCACAAGUGCAAAGAAAUUGACUCUGUAGAAAUGUAAAGACAGCAGGUGAAGAUGUGUGAUGUGUUUCAUGACUGCACAAGUGGUGUGUGCUGUGCAAUGUCUUGAUUAUCACAGAUGUGUGAAAAACAACCCCCUGACACCCAAGAAACCCCACAAACCAAGCAGUAUUUGUACAGACUCUGAUGAAGGAUGCGGUUUGUGGAAACAGUAGACGAUUUUUGUGUCACUUAUGUCUAUUGAAAAAGAUCCACACCAGCCUUUUAAAGUUGUAUACCAUAAUAUAAAGGCCCUGAGGAGAUAAAUUACUGGGAUCAACUGUGGCUCUGACUGAGAUUUGUGUAUUUAGACCAGUGUUUUCCAACUUGGAGUCGCUUGUUAGCUGUCUAAAAGGUCAUGCCUCCUAAAAUCAGGCCUGACCGUUAGCCCCUGUUGACUUCAGCAGUAGUUGUAGAUAUUCUGCACCAAAGAAAAUCACAAGACUUUUAUUUAAGCAUCUAAAUGAGAAUUUAGGUGCUUGACUUCAGGUAAAAAUAUUUGAAAAUUUGGGCCUUAACCUCUCUGUUCUUCAGUUAAUGCAUCUGUAAAGUUUGAUAAUAGCAUUGACCUACCUCACAGGCAAGAUGUGAGGCUUUAUUUAUUAAUGUUUUUAAGCAAUUGGAGAUCCUUGAAGAGGAGGUGCUAUAGAAGUGAAAGUAUUAUUGUAAAUGAUACUGUAGUAGGAAUAAAUAUAUGUAAAUUAAUGGACAUAAACAGCAGCAAUGUUUUCUAAGAAAAAUAAAUAUAUAAAAUAUGUACAUGUGUACAUCAUAUGCACCAAUAUCUGAUUUUCCUUGUUGUGCUUCUCCUGCAAGUGCAGUGUGUGUGUCUGCAGCUCUGUUCAGCCGGGCCAGCUGCAGUACCUGGCGGUCCAGGUGAGCCCAGCCAGUGUCACCACUGUGAUUCAGGGACAUCAGGGGUGGCUCUGAGUGCUCCUGGAGCUCAGCCUGAGCUCCCUGCACAGCUCUGCUCUUUGCUUUGCCUCGGUCCUGCAGGCAGCUGCUGGGGGUGCCGGGGUGCUGCAGCACUGUGGGCACACCAGUGUCUCCUCCCAGGUGGGAAUGAGUGUGUGUGGGAGCUGCUGUCCCACUGAAGGUGGUAUGGAGCUGAAAUACUGAUUACAGUAGGAGUAUACUCCAUCUUUUUCUUUACUUUCCACAUCAUAGCUUUAUUCUUGCCUUUUCUCUGUAAACAGUAUUUGCCAUUUUGACUAAACCAGUGGUUUCAACUGGGAUCCAUGGACUACUUAAAGAGCUGCAAAAGGUAAGUAGGAAAAGCAAAUUGAUCAUCAGAAACUUAAAUCUUUUGUGUGAGGGUCAACUUUCAAGAAUUUAGAGGUUGGCACGUUACAAAAUGUUGAAGAUCGCAGGCCUAAACAGGAUUUUCAGGCUUAUUCACAUUGAAUGAUCAUAUUACAUAUCAGGUUCUUACUCAUAUAUUAAAACGUAUAUCAGGGCCAAAUGAAAAUGGACAGUCUGAUCUUAUGCCAAAUCCUUCUCUCUGCUUUCACAAAUUUUGGGAAACUCCACAGGUUUCAGGAGCAUUAGUCUGGAUCCACAUCACAGUACCAGUCAGAAAAAAUCAUGCAUUGUAUAAAUCUCUGGCUACUGUAGAAUCCCGGUAUUAUAUUUGUGUUUUGGGUUCCUUUGAGUGUAAAGAUUGCUUGUCCAAAGCCAAACUCUGCUCAAGUUUCAGUAAAAAAAGUUAAGUAAAAAUACAGAAAGAUAAAAUCUG